AUGGAACGAUACCUGACGUUUCAGGAACCUCACCGAGUUCGAUAUACCACUGAUGAGGGUGUUUGUAUACAUGACCAAUAUGUCACGAUCAGAUACGAGUUCACAACAGUAGAAAGCUCUAUCCGAUUCCAAGGGGAUCUGCGCAGGAAGGACCUGAUCGAUUUCUACGAUGCUGAUGUCGUCUGGACCAAUGUUCAUGGACGCACAGAUGGCUUUGGCAAAGUGAAGGGCAUAGGCGCGAUACAGCGGCUCAAGUUGUGGAGGGAUCGAUACACUACGUUCCACUCGCUCAGUGUAUUCGCGAAUAAGACGGAUGGCCAAUAUCGGGAAUACGAUAUUCACUGUUUCGAUGGUGAGCUUCGCGGGAGGGAUGACCGUGCAAAGCAGCUUCGACUCAAUGCAUCCGGUCGACGACCCAGUUCGGGCGACGACCAUCAUUCACACCGGCGCUUCUCGUUACCACAUCAUUUUGCCGGGGCAUUCUCCCGAUUUACCGGUAUCUGGCUGGCCGCAUCAUGCGCUCGACUCGGUACCAGAACCCUCGGACACGACCGACACUACGCCUUGAAGAGUCUAAUUUGA